AUGUAUAAAUGGGUGGAUGAUAAGAAUUCGGUCCAGAUUAACGGUGACUACCUGGAUCACUGGGAGCCGAUUCGUAUUUUCGUAGGGACGUGGAACAUGGGUUACAAGAAAAUUGACGCUAAGCAAUUUUCUACAGAUGUUAUGUGUUCCUGCAACACCCAUUUCCCUGAAAAUUACGAGUGUAUGACUUGUAACGCGCGUUUUAGCCACCCUCUGAGUGAUUGGAUUGGUCUUGACUACGACUUGUAUUUUAUAACGCUCCAGGAGUGUGUUUCGCCGAACUUCUUUGAGCUUGUAAGCCGCUUCUUGGAGAAGUGUAAACAUCCACUGGAACGUGUUUUCUUUAAAACUGACAGAAUUCUGGGAUUCGGAGAAGGCGCAGUGGUUAGCCGAAAGAUGACUUGCAUAGCCGCCUGGGUAAGGAAAGACUUUCUGGCAAACGGAGUGGUUAGGGUUUGCGGCUCAAAGGCACUUUACCUCUCAGUAUAUAACCGCAGUAAAGGAGUAGUUUGCCUCCAAAUCAAAGUCUUUGGACAACUAAUUUGCUUACUCGGGUGCCAUUUACCCUCAGAUUACAUGGAACGGCAAAAAUCAUUUCAAACAAUUCUCUCAAAGUUAACAUGUUUGUUCGGUGAAAACGAGAAACUAAUUUUCAAGGACGUUUUCCAUCAUAUUAUCUGGGCCGGAGAUUUCAAUUUUAAGCUUAACAUCCCACUGGAACAUGCUGUUACCAAUAUUGUUAAUGGUACGCUUGAUAAAUUGAUCAAAUAUGACGAAUUUCAUUUAUCCACAUCACCACUUAAAGACCAGAAGUUCUGCGAGGAUGUGAUAAGAUUCGACCCAACUUAUAAAAAACGAGAAAACAGAGAAGUGCUGGAUAAGGGAAAAAAGAACUGGUUUGAGAUGGAGUACUUGACCUCAGAGUCCAAAUGGUAUACGCUAAACACAGAACGUGUUCCUUCUUGGACUGACAGAGUGCUAAAAUGGUCAGAUAAGACCUUGGAGACGUGCUUAUUCUUUGAACCAACAAGUUACAGGAGCGCUGUUCCAAAGAAUAAAACGCCCUUACUAAUCAGUGAUCACUCACCAGUCUCCUGCGCCUUCAUGCUGAGGCCGUUAAACAGAAAUAUCGCUAUGCCGGUCAAAUUAAAUUCACACACUUUCAAAUUUGAUUAA